AUGAGCAAAAUUCACGUCAGCUACAACCAGAUCCACACCAUGGUCAAGGAGACCGUCGACUCGAUGCACCUCAACGAGGACUUCCAGCCUGACAUCAUGGUCGCCAUUGGUGGAGGUGGAUUCAUCCCUGCUCGCAUCUUGAGAACUUUCUUGAAAAAGAAGAACAACAAGAACAUCUCCAUCCAGGCCAUCGGCCUGUCGCUCUACGAGGAUCUUGAGAUCUGGAAGGCCGCCCAUAAAGACGAUGAGCCCAUCUCCUUGGAACCCGAGGUGAUCAAGACCCAGUGGCUCAACUUUGACUCCUCCGAGACCUCCCUCAUCGGCCGCAACAUCCUGAUUGUCGACGAGGUCGAUGAUACCCGCCGCACAUUGGCCUACGCCGUGAGGGAGCUGACCAAGGAUCUUGAGAUCGAGUCCGAGAAGCUCCGUGCCCAGGGUAAGGAGGUCCCCGAGACCAAGAUCGGUAUCUUUGUCCUCCACAACAAGCUCAAGGAGAAGCGUGAGCAGUUGCCCGACGAGAUCAUGAACGGGCGGUAUUUCGCUUGCAAGCAGAUGCCUGACCAGUGGCUUGUCUACCCCUGGGAUGCCCUUGAUAUCGAGGACCAUACCGAGAAGUCUCGCGACAACACCUACUAG